CAGACGCGCGCUCGCGCGGACAGAUGCUCGCUCCCGUUCGGCGGCUGCAGCGGAAGGUUUUGUCGUUGUCUGAGGUCUUCGCGCGCUCCGGUGUGAUGGCGACCGCUCGCGCUGCUCUGCGCAUCAUUCCGCCAUUUGUGAAUGUCUGACCCAUAAACCAGACAUGACACGCGGCCAGGGAUCGGUUCUGCUCCGCUGCGCGGUUCUGCUGGUUCUCAGCGGCGGGAGUUCUGCUCUACCGAACCGGACCAGCAGCGUCCGUGAUGCGCAAUACGGUAAUAAUGAUACGAAUAAACACACUCUGGGAAUCAACGAGCGGACACCAAAGCUACAGGACAACAGCAGUGCGGUGAGACGGUGGCGUGUUCUGGGUGAAGCCGGGCCUUUGUGCGCUUACCGCACUCUUGACCCAGGUGACCCCGGGCGACUGUGCUUCCGCUACACCCAGCCUGACUUCAGGUGCGCCAGCACUUCCUGUCGACAGGUGAGCUCACCUGGUGGGCAACUCACGGCGAAUAUUCUGUCCAACGGAAGUGUGUUAAUUCAGUGGACGGUAGGUCACGAGGGCCCACAUGACUCUACCGCCCCACCAGAGAGCCUCGCCCCGGGUCAGACGGGUGGAUUCAGGCUCAGCUGCUGGUGGAACGGAAGCUACACGCAGUUCGAAUGCGCCGGGGUGCAUCUAGGCCGCAGCUGCAGGGAUUAUCUACUGGACGAGCUGCACAUGAACGUGCCCUACCGCCUGUGUGUGCGGCCCUACGCCCUCGAGCUGCCCGAAGCCUGCGUGGAGUUCAGCCUCGCGACCGGCGGGAUGCAGGACAUCGUUAUCGCCAUGACGACAGUGGGCGGGGCCAUCUGCGUGAUGCUGGUCAUCAUCUGCCUGCUGGUGGCGUACAUCACCGAAAACAUCAUGAACCCGACAGUGCAACACUCGCACAGAUCGCACCUUCACACACACCUGUGAAACACAAGCUCUGACAUCACACAUCGUUAUCGUCACGCUAACUCACACGCACACCCUCCCACGACUCAGGAUCAGAAUCUAAGUGUGGAGUCCACGUAAAAACCACUUCGCUGCUCCUGAGAUGCACUUCACAACACUACUGACACACCAGCUGUGCUCGGAAUGGAAUACUAACCUGUUUAGAGCAUCUUCUGAGGAAUAGAUAAGUAGGCGAUGUCACAUGACCUCCUCACGUUGCUUGUGAGAGGCGUCCAGUCUUAGAAAAGACUGUUUGCAUGUUUUAGCGCAAUUUUACAUUUAGGCAGUCAAAUAAUGAGUCGAGUACGACUGUCCAGUUCUUUCGUCACAGGUCAAGUCAGAAGCAUUGCAUUGUGGGAUACAGUAUCCCGCUGAGAUAGUAGGAAUAACAAGACAGUAUGCUAUUCCGAACAUAGCCAGACACACAAACAAGCUUUUUUCCUGUGUUUCUGUACAUUUUCAUCUAUAGUCUCGUUUAAUAAUCCCAUUUACCAAAAAACUGUGCACUCAUUAAUAUUCAGACUGAUAGCUAUAUAAAUAUUUGUUUUAGAAAUGAACUGCAUAUGAGGAUUUCGUGUGAGGCGAAACAGCGUUCUGAGGCUUAGUGAAGAAAGAACAUCUAUUUCACGUCUGCAUUACAAGUGUCUGCUCAUCUGUGAUACAUCUACAGGUGUUUCCCAUCAGAUGUCAAAUAGAUGUUUAGAAGAUGUCUUUAAGCUGUUUAUGAUGUAAAACUGAUAUCCUAGAGAUGUACGUGUGCUGUCCGCUGCUGAAGUUUUGUACUCUGUAUGUCAAACCCAAUAAUUUACAGUAUGCCUUAUCUUUACACAACUCUUCUAAUUCUGAGUUAGUAAUAUUAGUUAUUCGCCAAAAUAAGGAGCCACUGACUGGCUGAACAGUCAUUUGAAUACUGUGCUUUUUUCCCUCUGUAAUACAAACC